CCUCCCAUUUGUAGAAAAAACACACACAUACACACACGCACAUCACAAGUCACAACUACUAGAACACAAGCACAGCAUCAUAGCAUACUAUACUAUGCAUUUCCAUUUCUCCUACCUCUCCUAUCUCUACAAAUCAAAGCUUAGCUAAACACAACAUCUCUCCACCUUAGCUAACCAAAAAAUGGCAUUUCUAUUUGUAGACAUUUUAGCCAAGAACAAAAGUAGAUUUGUACAAAUCUCAUGCAAAAUCCUAGAGCUUCUCCUUCUCUUGAUGGGCCUCGUCUCCGCCAUCCUCUUCCUCAAAGACGCCUUGAAUCUUCCUCGGUAUUGCAAAACCAUUUUCUCAACCGCGGCCGAAUUCUUGAGCUCCAUCAAAUGCUUCUUAUCCUCUUCCCCCACCACCGUCGUCGUCCUCAUGAUCCUCCUCAUAUUCGCCUCCUCCCGCCGCCAUCACCACCCAGAAACCACCACCAGCAACUAUAUUGAUAUAGAUAAAUUUGAUAUUGAUCUUGAAUUCCAAAUCGACCAUGAUCAUGAUCUUGAUCCUGACCAAGAUCAUGAUCAUGAUCAUGAUCAAUCACCCUUAAUCCUUGAACCGCCACCGCUCCCGCAGCCAUCUGCGCCGCCAAUUUGGGACAUCAUAGAAGUAACUCCACUGUUGCCGCCGCCAUCUGACGUGGUGCAGCCAAUCCUCAUCAGAGACAGCGACGCGACAGAUUGGUACGACGAUGAUGUCUCAAAUCAAGACAGAACUGUUGGGUUACAAACCCAUCCCAUAUCAGAUGUGCAGUCGACAGUCCUAACAAGUAGUACUAGCGCAGUAGCAACGAUUGAAAAAUGGAAAGGUGCGCUGAUCAUCCAAAAGGAGGCGGAGGAGAGAGAAGCGACGGAUCAAGAAGAGGACAACACGAUGGAUGCCACGUGGGAGGCCAUCAUUGGGGGAGGGAAGCCGAAGCCGAAGCCGAAGCUGAAUUCAAAGUCAAAGUCAAAGCCAAAGCAGAAUAAGAAAGGACUGAAGAAGAGUGAGACGUGGGAGGAGGCGGUGUCGCAGCGGCGGCGGCGGCCGAGGAGGCUGGACUCGGAGGAGGUGGUGCCGACGUCGCCAAAGUGGAGGGAGCUGAGGAAGGCGGAGACGUUCAACGACGCGGUGUCGGCGACGAGGAGAGGAGGGCUAGUGAGGAGAAUUCCGUCGAUGAGUCUCGAGGAGUUUAAUCAGAAAGUGGAUAGAUUCAUCAAGAAUUUCAAGGAGGGAAUCCAGCUGCAGAGGCAGGAAUCUUACCAGAGAUCCUUGGGUAUCAUCAACCAACGUGGCUAGUAGUAGCUAAAUUGAGUUGAUAUUGGGGUUGUUAAUCAUUACUUGAUUUGCAUUAUUGAUCAUGCAAUUCAAUAUAUUGGUAAAUAUAGUAAUCCGUUGCAGAUUGA